AGAGAGAAAAAUUCGUGGGUUUACUGUUCAAGGCAUAGGAAGUCGGGCUUCCUAGAUGUUGCCGAGUUGGGCUUAGUAUCCAUCCAAUCCAACCCUUAAACAAACACGCCUACGUGUUUUCUUUCUAAAAAACUCAAUUUUGCGAUCUUCCUUCCACCAAAAAUCGGCGACCACAGCUUCCAUCUGACGACGUCACCAUCGGACGGCGGCGCACGAACGUGAGGCGGAGACUCGGACGGCGCGCGAACCAUUGGACGGAGGCGGAGUCUUUCGACAGUCGCUGAGGUGGAGACCUCGACAAAUCCUAACUCUUUCACCUCACUUCAGUCGCCCCACCGUACAUACGCCACCGUUCUGAUCUCCCUCUACCGGCGGCCAGCGGCUUCCCACCUCCAACUCUAUUCUCUUCUCGUCACUUAUUAGAAGAAGAACCCUAGUUGAAGCUGAAUCUCUGUCAGAGCAUGAAAGGUGGAAGAAAGAACUUGCAGAGGGCAUCAGAGCAACAUAUCUCGAGCAUUGAAGAUGGUCAUAGCAUUAUGCAGGUUGUCUCAAUUCGUGGUUCCAAUCUAAUCGAGGAAACCAGGAUGUAUAUUGUUUGCCAGUUAUUUUGAGUGGGCUGCUUUUCUUUCUAUUGUGUGUCGGAAAAUCUUUAAUACCAUUUGCAUUCCUUUAAUCGUCUAGGUCAUGGAUGCACAAGGCGAGAAAUCACUCGCAUUAUUUCCUGCCAAGUUUCAAAAGAGUAUGUGGAUAAAACGAGGAAGUUUUGUUGUAGUUGAUGAAAGUGGAAAGAAGAAUGCUCUUGAAUCCGGAAGCAAGGUGGCAUGCAUUGUUUCUCGAGUUUUAUAUUUUGAACAAGUUCGCGAGCUUCAAAAAUCCCCAGAAUGGCCAGAGAUCUUCAAGAAUGCAAUUGUUGGAGAUCAAAAUGAAAAUCUGCAAGCACAAAAUAAUCGACCAGAAGAGGAUGAGGUCACUGAGGUCGACUCGAGCGACGAUGAUGGCCUUCCCCCUCUAGAAGCCAACACAAACAGAACUAAACCAUUAAUAUUACAACCAGAUACAGAAUCAGAGUCUGAUUCAGAUUCUUAACUUGUAUAUUAAUUUUAAUUCCAUACCUUUUGAAUUAAUACUAUGAGUAUUCAUUUUGAUCUUUUUGUUAAAUUUCGAUUUUGUACUGAACAGAAAUUUUUUACUACCUAUUUUUAAAUCUGAUAUAAUAAGUAAUCUAUACAGUUUAGAAUAUCCAA